UCUCUGAGAUCUCGCGAUAAUUCCGCAGAGCUCCGUUCGCCAGAAGAGGCGCCUGUAGAAGGAAUAACAACAUCAACUUAAAUUGCCUUUUGAAUAUUUCCAGCUCAUAAACGUCGAAGAUGGGUAGAUAAUACAGAAUUAUUUGGAUCAGCUGAACAGACCGCACUCUGGCUUUGAAGAGGCUCCUGACAGAUAACUCUUGACUAGCAUAGUAUGACCCAGUACCCACCACAGACUAGUCGCUCUAACUUCUUAACCGUUGUGAAAGCAGAAGCCUCUUCAACACCACCCAUCUCCACCAACAUGGCCAACAGCACAGUUGCCCCCGGGAAAGUUCCAGGCACCCCUGGACCUGCAGGGAGACUUAGCCCUGAAGGCACUCAGGUGCUUAGUAAGAAGAAACUGCAGGAUCUUGUGAGAGAAAUUGACCCUAAUGAGCAACUCGAUGAAGAUGUGGAGGAGAUGCUCUUGCAGAUUGCCGAUGACUUCAUUGAGAGUGUGGUGACGGCGGCGUGCCAACUUGCCCGACACAGGAAGUCAAACACUCUUGAGGUGAAAGAUGUCCAGCUACACCUGGAACGACAGUGGAACAUGUGGAUUCCUGGUUUUGGUUCAGAUGAGAUCCGACCGUAUAAGAAGGCUUGCACCACAGAAGCUCACAAACAGAGAAUGGCAUUGAUCCGCAAAACAACCAAAAAGUAGCAAGAUCGGAAGCACCAAUAAACAUUUUUUUUCUGCAGGUUUUGGAAGUGGAGAGGGAUUGAACCUAUAUAUGUUAUGUUAAUCAGAGAGGCAGAAUGCGUUGUACUAUUUACAGUACAGUUCUGUUGACUUCGCAUUCAAAAGGUGCAUAGGAAGUGACGUAAAUUGUCUGUACAGUUCACUUUGUGUUAAAACCACCAUGUGAACAUUUUAUUUUGGCACCUUGGUCUCUGACUUGGUGCUGUACGGGGGUUUAUUAUAUUAUAGAAUCUCAUGGAUUUCUGUGAAAAACAUCAGUUGUUUAUUGUUUCUCCCACAAACCGCAUUUUCAUUCAUAUUUCGUGUAUAGCUGACCCGCCAUGCAGUCACACAACGUUUGCUCAGCUGGCAUUAAUAGCUAUGCACAAUUACAAUCACCAUGUAUCUGAUUUUGUUCAUAGUGUUUGGUGUUAUAGAAUUUAUCACUUAAGUAAUAUUUAGUACUAUAGAGGACAUCUUUAGUGUGUGACUUUCUAAAGGUAAACAGUCAUUUUUACCAGAGAAAUAAAUACCACUUCCCCAUUUAAUUCAUUGCAUUGGAACUAGUGACAUAAUGCAGAAUGGUUAAUUGAUUAGUGGGAGUUAUAUAUGUGUGAUAUAUGGGAAAUGGUGCAUAAACCCUUUCUGAUGUGGAUUUGUGGGCAGAUUUGAACAUUUCUGUGGAGUUGAACUGAGUAUAAACUGUUUUUUGCCAUGUAUCACAGUGUUUUACAGUCUCUUGUUUUUCAUGAAUAAAAAACAACUAAUUGUGAUUUAUUCAGACUGAACUCACUCAGAUUUUGUGGGACAUCAUUUCAUAAAUUACAACUAACAUAAACUGUUUCAGCAAUGCAU